CUGUUUCCCUGUCUUCACUUUCUCUCCCUCUCUCUCUCCCUGUUCACCCACCCCCAUCUUCUAGGGUUCACUCUAGAAAGAAAGAGAGAGAGCUAGUGACCACGUUUCAAGACAACGAAACCAAAUCGAACUCAGUAAAACCAUAAAAAAUUUCCGAUCAUUUCUUAAUCAAGGAUGAGUUCAGGUGGUUCAAAUUUGGUUAGGUUCGUUGAAUCAGUGCUAGGGAUAUCUUUUGGCGACUCGCUGUCUGACUCAGUUGUUGUGAUAAUUACCACGUCGUUUGCUGCUCUAGUUGGAUUGGUGGUGCUUGUAUUGAAGAGAUCGUCCGAUCGGAGCAAAGACGUCAAGCCGUUGGUGGUUCCUAAGUCACUGUCAAUUAAGGACGAGGAGGAUGAGUCCGAGGCUCUGGGUGGGAAAACUAAGGUUACUAUCUUUUAUGGGACUCAGACCGGAACUGCGGAGGGUUUUGCUAAGGCUUUAGCUGAAGAGGUCAAAGCAAGAUAUGAGAAAGCAGCUGUUAAAGUGUUUGACCUGGAUGAUUAUGCUAUGGAAGAUGAUCAAUAUGAAGAAAAAUUGAAGAAAGAGACUUUGGCAUUAUUCAUGGUUGCCACUUAUGGAGAUGGAGAGCCAACUGAUAACGCUGCGAGAUUUUAUAAGUGGUUUACUGAGGGAAAUGAAAGGGGAAUCUGGCUUCAACAGCUUUCUUAUGGUGUUUUUGGUCUUGGUAACCGUCAAUAUGAACAUUUUAAUAAGAUAGCGAAGGUGCUUGAUGACCUGCUCCGUGAACAAGGAGGAAAGCGUCUCGUUCCUGUUGGUCUUGGCGACGAUGAUCAAUGCAUAGAGGAUGAUUUUUCAGCUUGGAAAGAAUUGUUGUGGCCCGAGCUAGACCAGUUGCUCAGAGAUGAAGAUGAUAUGAAUGCUCCAUCUACUCCUUAUACAGCUGCUAUACCUGAAUAUCGAUUAGUGAUUCAUGAUCCUUCUAUAAUAUCUGUUGAGGAUAAAUUCUCAAACUUGGCAAAUGGGAAUGUGUCUUUUGAUAUUCACCAUCCAUGCAGAGUCAAUGUUGCUGUCCAAAAAGAGCUUCACAAAGCAGAGUCUGACCGGUCUUGCAUACAUCUGGAAUUUGACAUCACAGGGACUGGAAUUACAUAUGAAACUGGAGACCAUUUGGGGGUGUAUGCUGAGAAUAGUGAUGAAUCUGUUGAAGAAGCAGGGAAGUUGCUAGAUAAACCUUUAGAUUUGUUGUUUUCUAUUCAUGCUGAUAAUGAGGAUGGCACAGCUAUUGGAAGCUCAUUGCCGCCUCCUUUCCCAGGUCCCUGCACACUUCACACUGCAUUGGCAUGCUAUGCAGAUCUCUUGAGUUCUCCUAAAAAGGCUGCUUUGCUUGCUUUGGCUGCUCAUGCCAGUGAACCUAGCGAGGCAGAUAGACUCAAGUUUUUAUCAUCACCGCAAGGAAAGAAUGAAUACUCUCACUGGGUCAUGGCAAGUCAGAGAAGUCUUCUUGAGGUAAUGGCUGAGUUCCCAUCUUCGAAACCUCCCCUUGGUAUCUUUUUUGCUGCAGUAGCUCCUCGCCUACAGCCUCGCUACUAUUCUAUCUCAUCCUCUCCUAGAUAUACUCCCAAUAGAGUACAUGUGACCUGUGCUUUAGUAUAUGGUCCAACUCCCACUGGUAGAAUUCACAAAGGGGUGUGUUCAACUUGGAUGAAGAAUGCAGUUCCUCUGGAGAAAAGUUAUGAAUGUAGUUGGGCUCCCAUUUUCACCAGAACAUCUAAUUUCAAGUUACCAGCAGAUCCUUCAACUCCAAUUAUAAUGGUGGGUCCUGGUACUGGAUUGGCACCUUUCAGAGGAUUUUUACAGGAAAGAAUAGCCCUGAAAGAGGAUGGUGUGCAGCUUGGUCCCGCCCUGCUUUUCUUUGGAUGCAGAAAUCGCCGAAUGGAUUUCAUAUAUGAGGAUGAGCUCAAUAAUUUUGUCGAGCAAGGUGUGAUAUCCGAAUUGAUAGUUGCAUUCUCAAGGGAGGGGCCACAGAAGGAAUAUGUUCAACAUAAGAUGGUGGAUAGAGCAGCAGAGAUAUGGACUAUAAUUUCUCAAGGAGGUUAUUUUUACGUGUGCGGUGAUGCCAAGGGUAUGGCUAGAGAUGUUCAUAGGACUCUGCACACUAUUGUGCAAGAGCAGGGAGGCCUGGACUCAUCGAAAACAGAGUCUAUGGUGAAGAAGCUCCAAAUGGAAGGACGGUAUCUAAGAGAUGUCUGGUGAUAGCAACAUUCUCACAUUGAAUCUGCCUUUGGUUGCUGUAACCUCACCGAGUAUAGCAUUGAUUCAUUCUUCUACUAUUCAACCUUCUUUCACUGGUUCUUCUCUACCCUUUUGGACUAUGGAGUCCCAGCAGGAUUUCACAAGGAUGGGAAUCUGAAAGCUGAUUCCCUUGGAACCUUAGAUUAUGAUGUCUUCCUGCCUGCCUUCUAUCACAUUUCAUUUCUUACUUUUUUAUUUUUUUGAAUAGGAUCCUGUUAGUCUCUGCUGUAUCCAUAAUGGAAUCUUCAAGCAGGGAAUAGCUUGUAGUUAGUUACCAGGUGUCAAGGUAGAAAUAAAGCUAAACUUGCGGUUUUUGAAAAUCAAAACGGUUACUAAAAUUUACACCCC